AUGAUCGGUUCGGACGCCGUCAUCGGCCUGCCUGACGAGUCUACCGUUGAGGAGUACGACUUGACUUCCCAGACGACCGCGAGAGUGUUUUCCUCCGCAACCCAAGAUAUCACGGGCGGCUUGGUGAGCCAAGACGCGUCCGGCACAACGCUCUCCUUCACCAGGCCCCUGGCCCCCACGAACAAGCAGGCCAUCUCGGGAACUCCCGGGGACGAGACCAUAUUCCUCUUCGCCUUCGGGGCGGACAACGAGCUCGGGUACCACGGACUGCCCCCCAACCGGGGGUCCUUGGUCUUGGAUCUCUUCUGCGGGGACGGUGGCGACGGCAGCGACGAUGUGACGGUCGUCGGAACGCCUGCCCCGACCCUCGGCGGAACUCCCGCCGCUUCGGCAGCCUCCUCUACGGCACCGAUCGUGGCCGACACGCCAACGCCAGCGCUCACGAAUGCUCCAACCAUAGUGGAAUUGGAAAUCCCCCCCCCUUCGGCACCCUCUACAGCACCCACCGCCCUUCUCACCUUAUCUCCACUUCUUGAUGGGACGACAGCACCGGCGACGAUCGCCUCAUCUGGUCGAGGAGAUUCAGAUUCAGCAACAGUUGGUCUUGUAGCCGGUGUGUUGGGGGUCGGGUUGGUCGUUGGGGCGAUCGGGGCGGUAGUGGUGCUGUUCAAGACUGGCCGCCUGAAGUCUUGCCGACAUGGCACGCCAAACGGACCAUCACCAGGGAUGGGAUCGAUACCCGCUGCUGCACCCUCUGCGACGAGCAGUGCAAUGGAGGGGAUUCAGCUUCCGCCCGCGAUACAAUACCCUGAGGUACUACAUCCGUAG